GAGAAAGAGAAAAAUUCUUAUAAAAAUAAAAAUAAAAGAAAAAGUCUCUCGAGAACUAUAGAAAUCUACAAUACACGCAUCACAUUGAUUCUCACUCUCUCUCCCCCCUCUCUUCAUUCUUCACAUUGAAACCCUAGACUCUGCGCCGGAGCCAUGCCCACCAACCGCCUUCUCAUCGCGGCCCGCCGGCGGGCCUCGGUCCUCUCCGCCGCGCGAUCCCUAGCGACCUCUUCCGCCGCCGUGGCCCACUCUCCUUCCGCCGCUCCCCCUUCCCCUCCGCCGCCGAACGCGAUGAUCUACGAUCGCCUCGCGGAGGCAGUUAAAUCGAAGCUCCACCAGCUGGAGAAUCCUGACCCUCGGUUCCUCAAAUACGGAACGCCCAAACCGAAACUCUCGGAUCACACCAGGAUCCUCGCGGCCCCGGAGACCCGCGUGACGACGCUGCCGAACGGGCUCCGCGUGGCGACGGAGUCGAAUCUGGCCGCGCGCACGGCCACCGUUGGGGUGUGGAUCGACGCCGGGUCAAGGUUCGAGACGGAGGAGACGAACGGAACGGCGCAUUUUCUGGAGCAUAUGAUCUUCAAGGGAACGGAGAGGCGCAACGCGCGCCAGCUCGAAGAGGAGAUCGAGAACAUGGGUGGGCAUCUCAAUGCGUACACAUCGAGGGAGCAGACCACGUACUACGCUAAGGUCUCCCAAAGCGACGUCCCCACCGCGCUUGAUAUCCUCGCCGAUAUCCUCCAGAAUUCCAAAUUCGAAGAAAACCGCAUCAUCCGCGAGCGCGAUGUCAUUCUCAGGGAGAUGGAAGAGGUUGAGGGUCAAACUGAGGAGGUGAUCUUUGACCACUUGCAUGCAACUGCUUUCCAGUACACCCCUCUUGGUAGAACCAUUCUUGGCCCUGCUCAGAACAUUAAGACAAUCACCAAAGCUCAUCUCCAGAACUACAUUCAGACACACUACACUGCUCCUAGGAUGGUGAUAGCUGCAUCUGGAGCUAUCAAGCAUGAAGAAAUUGUUGAGGAAGUGAAAAAAUUGUUUACCAAGUUGUCAACAAAUCCCACUACAGCAUCUCAAUUGGUUGAAAAAGAACAAGCAAUUUUUACCGGUUCUGAGGUUCGAAUGCUUGAUGAUGAGAUUCCACUUGCACAAUUUGCUGUGGCUUUUGAAGGGGCAUCUUGGAAGGAUCCAGAUUCAAUUGGUCUGAUGGUCAUGCAAGCUAUGCUUGGUUCUUGGAAUAAGACAGCAGGUGGUGGAAAACACAUGGGUUCUGAGUUGGCCCAGCGAGUUGGCAUUAAUGAAGUUGCAGAAAGCAUGAUGGCUUUCAACACCAAUUACAAGGACACGGGUCUCUUUGGUAUUUAUGCUGUUGCUAAGCCGGAUUGCUUGGAUGAUUUGUCCUACGCAAUUAUGUAUGAGACAACCAAGUUGGCUUAUCGUGUUUCAGAAGAUGAUGUCACCCGUGCUCGUAAUCAGUUAAAAUCUUCUCUGCUGCUUCACAUAGAUGGAACAAGUCCAGUGGCUGAAGAUAUUGGCCGUCAGCUACUCACAUAUGGUCGAAGAAUUCCAUUUGCUGAGUUGUUUGCUAGAAUUGAUGCUGUUGAUGCCAGUACUAUAAAACGUGUUGCAAACAGGUUUAUUUAUGACAAGGACAUUGCUAUUGCUGCCAUGGGACCCAUUCAACGUUUGCCUGAUUACAACUGGUUCAGACGCAGAACCUACUGGAACCGCUACUAGUUCAUCUUAGUUUUUUGCUUCAUUUAAACAUUAUGGGAGGCCUGGCGUAAUGUUUUGUUCAAUUUUACACCAUAUAUGCCUCUUGACAGCAGCUUUGGCUGUCAUUUUUCAUUUAUUUGUUAUAGGGCCUCUUUCUGUAAUAUUUAUGCAAUAAAAUGCAUGCUGUUGUGAGUGAUGUAAUUGGCAUCCUUCCAUACUACUUUAAUUCUUGUUGAAAAUGAUACUUGCCUAAAAGUGGCCCUGGUUUAGUUUCA